UCUUUACGGAAUAUGAAGAACAUAGACGAUGUAAAGGGUCAUUUUCGAGUACAAUUUGUGGAUCAAAAAGAGAAAAUAGAAAGUUCUCUUUUUGUUGAAAGUCUUGGAACUUAUCCUUAUAACAGUAUCAGUUCUUGCAUGCAGAUUUGAGUUGCGUCACCUUAGAAUGGGCUUAUAAAUAGACCUGUGCUCUAAGCAUUUUCCUCAUCUCAAACCUUGAGCCUUCUCUCCAACUAGUAUCACAAAAGUUCUCUGUAUUUCAGCUUUUUCAUCACCAACUCAUCUCCCAAACAAAGGAAUUUCCUUCAAAGAUAAUGGAGGUUGUGAAGGGUUUGGUGCAAGACAGGCCUGUGGUUAUUUUCAGUAAGACUAGUUGUCCUGUGAGCCACUCGAUGAGACAGCUUAUCAGUGGCUUUGGCGCUAAUCCUACUGUAUAUGAAAUUGAUCAAAUGCCAAAUGGACGGGAGAUUGAGAGAGUUCUGCAGAUGAUGGGACGCAGACCUAGUGUACCAUCCAUCUUCAUUGGUGGAAACUUUGUAGGUGGACCUAAUGAUGUGAUCACCCUUCAGGUUCAAGGUAGACUUGUACAAAUGUUGAUGGACGCCGGAGCUAUUUGGGUCUGGAAUAGAAACUAGCUAAAUAUUCCAGUCUCAGCAAUUAGAAGUAGAAUAAGGGAAGUUUUAGGUUAUAUUUGUAGAGGACAUAAGUGGGAAAUAAUGCGUCUUCUGCAGUGCCUUGUUUUUCUAGGCACUAUUAUAUUUUGGUGACUGAAAAUUAGUGUUUUUCAGUGACAUAGUCUUAUUCUCCUUCUGCCAAAAAGAAAAAAAAAAAAAACAGAGUAUAUCCUCUGAGUAAAUGCUUGUCCUUUGUUAUCGAGUCAAAUACUAGUGAAAGCUGCAUUCUCAUUUUGACAAUGCACUCUUCUGUACCUUAUUACCUGUCUUGAUUUACUGUUAUAAAAUGAUGGACUGGGAUUCAGUUGCU